UGUGGGCUGAAAAACCAAUCUACUAAGCGAGCGAACUCCCUGUUCACUGGUGGGGAGCAGCCCCGGCCGCCCCUCUUACUGCAUGCACUGGAAACCCCCAAACUCUGAUAGCUUUGGCCUUGUUGCUCCCGUUUCUGUAGCAGAGACACAGACUGCUCUCCUCAGUUGGAAUAUCUUCCCAUCCAGAGGACGUUGGUGCUCGUGCCGCAUCGACAUCCUGGACGUGCCAUCGAAGAUGGUGUAUGAUGUGCUGCACGACAUCAAGUGUCGCCAGGAGUGGGACACCGACGUCAUCGACACGCAUGACAUCAUCCAGCUGGCUGCUAGUGCUGAUGUGGGCUACUAUGCUUGGUGGUGCCUGAAGCCCUGGAAGCGCAGAGAUUUGGUGACAUUGCGCUCCGGGCAGGUUGAGGAUGGGUAUCGUGCUGUGAUCAACUUCUCCAUCAAACAGCCGGGUUGGUCGCCAGCUGUAGGAGUCCAGGAUGGUCUCUUGAGCAGGAUACGGCGCUGGGUCCCUUAGAGCUGAUCUAUAGCCAGUCGUUGCCAGCCUCGCAGGAGCACAGCAGUCUAUAGGCAACACGAUCCUGCCUGUGCCUGGGACAGCUGGGACCCCGGAGCUGUGUAAUUCCUUUACAAGUUCCUCAGCUUGAGGCAGCUCCGCUGUGCCGCUAGCCUAGUCUUUGCCCUUUUCAAUACCAGACCUGAGAAAGGGAGAGGGCAGGGAAGAUGGAAGACAGCGCCUGAUUGUCUGAUGUGUCUGCAUGGAAAUAACCCUCCAGGCAAGGAUCUGCUAAGGGCGGUCUCUGUCUUGGUGGGAUACCCGGUGCAUUCAACUGGGCCCAACAGCUGCAGCCUGACCUACCUGGCUCAGGGGGAUCCAGAAGGGAACCUGCUUCUGCGGGGCUCGGGAUGUGGUG